AUGCCAACAGUAGUCACGUCUCAACCAGGAGUGCCUGUCAGAGCAGCCCGUCCAGAAGCUAUCUUGAUUGUUCUCUUCCUUAUCAUAGGUCUAUACGUAUUCUUACAAGGUAAACGAGGUUCCUCAAAAGGUGGAAGUGGGAAUGACGAUCGAUCCGACACUCGUGCGAGGAGGGCAAGGGGUGGAGAGGGAGAUAGCGAUCUGGAAAGUGGUAAAUCCGAUCCACGAAGGCGAAGGGAGAAACGUAAAAGAAAUCCAGGCGAUGGCAAUAAUUCUGAAUCAAGUUCGGGCGAUGACAAUGAUCAGAAACGUGUAAAACAGAAAGAAGAAGAUCGAAACGCGAGAGAAGCCGAAGCGGAAGCUAAAGCCAAAGUCAAAGCCAAAGCCGAAGCCGAAGCUCAGCAGAAACCAGAACAACAACAAAACCCAAAUGAUAAUGACAAAGUACCUGAUAUGCCACCUUUGACAUCUAAACCGUUAUCUGAUGUCAAAUGGGAGCGAGAUGCAAAUAAGAGACCUGAAAGACCGAGUGGUAGAUCGCCACCUGUAUUAUUGAAGAGGGAUGAAGAUAAUCGAUGGAUUCGACCACCUUUAUCAGGUAAAAAAGGUGUAUCAUUUGAUGAUGGUGGUAAACAAGGAAACGAGUUGAAAACUUUCGCAUCUUUUAACCCAACAGAUGCUCCCAACGUCAUUUACGAUCAAACUCAUACAGAUAUAUUAAGAAAUCAUAUUUCAAAGGAGAGAGGUAGAGAUGAUGAUUCUCUCGAGGGUAAAAUUGAUGGAUCACAAUCGCCAUUAAAUGAUUUAUCGAAAAUUCCUGAUUCGAAAAUCAGUUCCAAAUUAAUUAGUUUGAUGCAAAAAGCUGAAUUUCUUUGUUUAUAUGAUCAUUUAGAUCUAUUGGGUAAAAUCAAUCCCAAAACGAAGAAAAAAGUCUUGAGGGAUAUGUUAAAAGAUCAAUGGAUACCUAAUCAAGGACCAAUACCUGAAAUUAUUUUUGACGUGAUACAACAGAUGUUGAUUGAGAAAGUAGUUGAUUUACCUCUGAUCAUGUCUGCACAGUGUUGUCCAGAUCAACCUGACGAGAACUAUCCUCCGAAUAAAGAAAAAAAUGGAUUUCCAGGUAUAUCAAGAGAAGAAACCAUGAAUAAUUUCGCCAGUGAUCAUUUGUUGAAAAUGGGUUUUUCAAGAGAUGAGAUUUUCAACGACUUGAAAUUCGAACAAUGGAAAAAACUGAAAUUACCUGAAAUCAAAACAUUAGUUUAUGAUUGGACUACCAACAAGGUCCGAAAUGAUUCAGCUGAACAGUUGAAUGCUGUAAGAUUAUUACUGAGUUAUUUUAUGCCUCGUUACCGUGCGACUGAAUCUUACAGACAUGAGCAUUUCAACGCGAGGAAAAAAGUCAGAGGAUUGGAAAAAUCAAUUGGACCGAUCAAUAAUGGUUUGAUCAAUUGGUUGAGAUAUAUAGGUAAAUCGUUUGUCAUAGCGAGGAUGUUCUCACCUGCCGGUGCAGAUUUACAUGAUUUGUCAUUGAGGAUCAGUUUUUCACCUAGAAGAGAAAUCGUCGGUCUGAUCGCGGAUUAUACUUAUUUCAUGCCUAGAGUUGAAAGAUCACCCAAUGAAAUAGCGCAUGGGUUAGCAAGAUAUCAGAGAGUAUUUGAAAGAGCAAAAUAUCUAGCUCUACGUUGGGUCGAUCAUUUGAAUUCAAAUGUUUAUCCACAAUCAAACGGUACCAAAGGUUUAUUCUCUGAUUUGUAUCCUUUCCAUAUUAACAGAUUAACUUUCAGACCUGGUAUAUCUUGGCAAAACCUCGAUCCAAAGUUAAUAAACGAUUCCUUGUUGAAUUCAGGCUCAAGCUCAAGCGAAGAUGACGAUGAUGGACGAUCAAAAGUUUUCAUGAACGUAUCAAAUUCCAUGAUUGAAAACCUGCAUGAACAGUGCAAAGAAGCAGGUUCGGCGGGAGAUAGUUUUCAGAGAUUAUAUAGGAUACCUCCUUUUCAGAUCAUAAGAAUCAAUAACAAAAGACAAUUUCAUUGGCUCAAGCAGCCAGUAUCGUAUACGCAACAGAACCAAAUCAUGAACGACAAAUUCGAUGAUAUGACGUUCCACGCGAUCCUCACUUUGAUCGGUCCCGCAUUGAAGUCCAUUAAAUUAAGUGAAGAUUUCGAAUUUGGAGGUAAAGCGAUCAAAGAUCCUGAAUCAGUAAUGACAUUUCAAUAUUUACAGAAAUAUUGUCAAGUCCAAGCUAUUGAUUUUGGUGGUAUUAUACCUAUCGAACAAGGUUCCGAAACACCACCUAAAUUCCUGAAUAUUGAUUAUUUCAGAGGAUUAAAAGGUAUCUUAUUACCUCUUACAUUAUCAAAUCCACAUCAAUCAUCCGUUUCAUCACAGAAUCGGAACCAGAAUCAGAAACAGGUUCAACCAAGUUCAGCUGAUAUAGUAAUCAAACAACAAUGGGGUCUGAAUAAAAACUUGUAUACUCCAGAAGCUAUUACAAUCACCUUUCACGGUUCGUCGAUGAAACAAAGAGAAAGGUUUUUCAUCGAGUUGAGUCAAAAUAUCAUCGAUGAGAUCAAAAUUUGGAUAAAGGAAACUGAUUCUAUGGAUGAUAACAAUCGAGUCAAGUCAUACAUAAUGGAUAAAUUGGAGAUGAGUGUCAAAAUGGUCAAAAGACAAAUCAAGUUUGUUCUCAUUUCACCUGAAUCUCAAAGUGCUGAAAGAACAGGAAGACAAGGUGCUUUGGAUGAUUUCGAAAUUCCAGAUCAAUUGAUCCCUCCCGGUUUGAGAGGAUGA